AUGCAGGAGUGGGCGCGGCUAGUGACGAGCGGUAAGCUGUCCAAGGGCGAGAAACUGGUGGCCGUGGACCACUCCACCAUCAACUACGCCCCUUUCCGCAAGAACUUCUACAUCGAGGUGGCAGAGCUCACCAAGCUGAAUGACGCGGAACGGGCAGAGCUGCGGAAAGAGAUGGACGGCAUCAAGGUGCGCGGCAAGGAUAUCCCCGCGCCCGUCCGCGCCUGGACGCAGGCCGGCCUGUCCAGCCGGCUUCUUGAGGUGCUCAAGAAGCGCGGCUUCGAUCGGCCGCUGCCCAUCCAGGCGCAGGCGCUUCCCAUUAUCAUGUCUGGCCGAGACUGCAUUGGCAUCGCGAAGACCGGCUCGGGCAAGACCAUGGCGUUUGUGCUGCCCAUGAUGCGCCACAUAAAGGACCAGCCGCCUUUGCAGCAGGGUGACGGUCCGGUGUCGCUGGUUAUCGCCCCCACUCGCGAGUUGGUGGCGCAGAUCGCCAAGGAGGCCAAAGCAUUUGGGAAGCCGCUGGGGCUCAACGCGUUGGCGGUGUUUGGAGGAUCAGGCGUGGCGAACCAGAUUUCUGAGCUGAAGCGCGGCGUCGAGAUCGUGGCCUGCACCCCUGGCCGCAUGAUUGACUUGCUGGUGACUUCCAACGGCAAGAUUACCAACCUGCGCCGCGUCACUUACCUCGUGCUGGAUGAGGCGGACAGAAUGUUCGACAUGGGAUUCGAACCGCAGAUCACGCGCAUCGUCCAGAACAUCCGGCCUGACCGCCAGACGGUCAUGUUCAGCGCCACCUUUCCCCGGCAGGUGGAGGUGUUGGCGCGUAAGAUCCUCACAGAUCCAGUGGAGAUCCAGGUCGGCGGUCGCAGCAUUGUCAACGAGAACAUCACCCAGUUUGUGGAGAUACGGCCGGAGAAGGAGCGCUUCCACCGGCUGCUGGAGAUCCUGGGCGAGUGGUACGAGCGUGGGAAGCUGCUCAUCUUUGUGGACAAGCAAGAGAGCUGUGACAACCUGUUCAGGGAUCUGCUCCGCUACGGCUACCCCUGUCUAAGUCUCCAUGGCGGCAAGGACCAGAGCGACCGGGAGUCCACCAUUGCCGACUUCAAGGGCGCCGUGUGCAACAUCCUGGUUGCCACUUCCAUUGCCGCUCGUGGACUGGACGUUAAGGACCUGGUGCUGGUCGUCAACUACGACGUGCCCAACCACCACGAGGACUACGUGCACCGGGUGGGUCGCACCGGACGUGCGGGUGCCAAGGGCACAGCCAUUACGUUCAUUGGGCCCGACGAGGAGCGCUACGCGCCGGACCUGGUGAAGGCGCUUCGGGAGAGCGGUGCUGCGAUUCCGCAGGACCUCCAGCGAAUCAUGUGCUGUCCCGCUCCUCGGCUUCGUUCGUGUCUACAGGCCCAUGGGAGCGGUUACGGCGGCAGUGGCUUCAAGUUCGACACGAACGAGGAGGAGCGCUUCCGGGUGGACAAGAAGGCCAAGGCCAAGGCCAUGGGGCUGGAAGUGGAGGGCGAGGAGGAAGCCGAGGAGGCCGCGUUGGAUGCGGCGGUAGCGGCCUUAGAAGCGGAUGACAUCCGGCCUAUCUCCGCUGCAAAGGCCGCGGCCAAUGCUGCAGCCGCCGCCGCCGCGGGGGGCCCUAUCAACCCGGCGGACUCAGUUUCGGCUGUCGUCGCGGCGGCGCGGGAGAAGCUUGCUGAGGCGGCCAAGGCGGGUCUCAUUCCGGCGCCUGCCGCAGCUCUCGUUGGGUCGGGGGCGGCAGCGGCGGGGACAGCGGCGGCAGCACCGACUGCCGCCGCCGCGGCUGCGGCUGCGGCUGCGGCGGCAGCUUCCAAUCCGUUGCUGGCGGCGGCUCAACAAGUAGCCGCCAAGCUUUCUGCACAGCUUGAGAUCAACGACUUCCCGCAGCACGCCCGCUGGAAGAUCACGCACCGCGAGACUAUGAACCAAAUCAACGAGCUGACGGGAGCAGCUCUGACGGUUCGUGGGACGUACGUGGCGCCCGGCAGGCCUGUCCCCGAAGGCGAGCGGAAGCUCUUCCUACUCAUUGAGGGCCCCACAGAGGGCCAUGUCAAGAAGGCCAAGGCGGAGAUAAAAAAGAUCAUCGAGGAAACCACGGAGAAGGUCAUGCGGCGAGACGCGCCUGCAGCCGGGCGGUACAGUAUCAUGUAG